AUGGGAUUGACGUCGUGGUGCAGCGAUUUGUGUAUUCUAAGACGGCAGAGUCUUGGUGGAAAAGUCCCUCCAAAACUGUUUAGACUCCCUUACCUCAUAGAAAUUGAUCUCACUCGCAACUACCUUAACGGCACUAUCCCUCGAGAAUGGGGUACCAUGCAACGACUUGAAACCGUGUAUGACAUUCUUCACCUCCCUCAAUGCUUUCUUUCCCUUCUGGGAAAUCGUGUCACUGGUGGAUUACCAAUCGAACUUGCCAACAUCAGCACUCUCUUAAAUCUAACCCUAGACUACAAUCAAUUGUCGGGAAAUAUUCCUCCGCAGUUUGGGAAUUUUUCAAGCCUAGAGAAAUUAUCUCUAAUAUCAAACAAUUUAAGUGGGGAAUUGCCUCAAUCUCUAGUGAAGUUGACUACAAUGACGGACUUCGGUAUAAGUGACAACUUCUUCAGUGGAAACAUACCCAAUUUUAUCCAGAGCUGGACAAAUCUUCGAAGAUUAUUUAUUCAGGGUAGUGGUCUGAGUGGGCCUAUCCCUUCUGGUAUUGCAUCCAUGGCCAAUUUAUCUGAUUUGAGAAUCAGUGACUUGAACGGCGAUGAAACAACUUUUCCACAUCUGAGUAACAAUAGCAACAUCAAGUAUAUAAUUCUGAGGAGCUGCAAUAUAAUCGGGCAGUUACCAAAGGAUUUUGGGAAAACGAGUGGUUUGAAAGUCCUAGACCUCAGUUUCAACUCAUUAGUCGGAUCAAUUCCUAACAACUUUUCUAGUCUGUCAGAAGUAGAUUACAUUUAUCUAACUGGAAACUCACUGACUGGUCCAUUACCCACUUGGAUGCUGAAUGAUGGACAACACAUGAAUUUGUUUGCCAGCGGUAUUGUUUCUUGCUUAAGAAGCUUUAGCUGCAUUCACACGUAUAACUCCCUUCAUAUAAAUUGUGGGGGAGAAGAAGUAAAAGAUGAUGAUAAAGGUACUCUAUAUAAAAAAGAUAAAGCUUCGGGAGGGGCAUCUAAUUUCGUCCAAAGUGCGACAAACUGGGGAUUUAGCAGCACGGGUCAUUUCCUGGAUAAUGGAACUUCUGGCUACUUGAGGACGAACACCUCCAGCAUCUCUGGGAAAAAUCCCCAACUGUACAUGGAUGCACGGGUUUCCCCUCUGUCAUUAUCUUAUUAUGGGUUCUGUCUCAAAAAUGGAAACUACACAAUAAGCCUUCACUUUGCAGAGAUCGUGUUUACUAAAGACAGAACAUACAGUAGCCUCGGAAGGCGCAUAUUUGCUGUUUACAUUCAGGGACAGCUGGUGCUCAAGGAUUUCAAUAUCGAAGAUGAAGCUGGUGGAGUUAAUAUAGGAAUCAUAAAAAUCUUCUCUGCAGCUGUCACUGAUAAUACUGUGGAUAUCCGCGUCUACUGGGCUGGCAGAGGGACAACUGGUAUCCCAUAUUUCGGAGAAUAUGGUCCACUUAUAUUAGCUAUUUCUGUCAAUCUUGGUAAGCUAUGA